AAAAACUCAGCGCCUAGGAGCUGUAUGUAACGGGACUCGGUUAGGGGCUGACAAGUUCAUUUCGGGAGGGGGUAGCUGGGCGUUUCUUCCUUACAGCCCUGGGCGCUCCUUACUCCGUUCUCCUCAUCCCGCUUUACUAUCCCUCCCUUCCCCUCAUUUAGCCGCCCAUUCAGUCUCUCCUCCCUCACUGCCCUCCCCUUCUCACUCUCCUAGUUUCUCUCCACCCCCUCAGUCAGUCCCUGCUUCUCUCUCGCUGCUGCCUCCUCCUCUUCCUCGUUAUUUUGCCCCCCUAGUUGCCCCCUGCCCUGUUCCCCAAACAUGGCGGGGGCACGGCCAGGGGUUCACUCUCUUCAGCUGGAACCAGUCAAAGUGCCGGAGACUCUUAUAAAAGGGAGCAAGUUCAUCAAGUGGGAUGAGGAGCCCAGCAGCAAAUCCCUGGUUACUCUGCGUGUGGAUGCAAUGGGGUUUUAUCUUUACUGGACCUGUCCAAAUAUGGAGGUUGAUAUUUUGGAUAUCAGCUUGAUAAGGGACACCCGGAUAGGAAAAUAUGCUAAAAUUCCAAAGGAUAUGAAAAUGAGGGAGAUUCUGGGAUUCACAGCCCCAGAGCACCGCCCUGAGGAUAAACUUUUCACAGUAGUACAUGGCACCGAUAUUGUGAAUAUAAGCUUUCUCAACUUCAUGGCUGUGCAAGAGGAUACUGCAAAGGUUUGGACAGAAGAACUUUUUAAAUUGGCACAUAAUAUUCUGGCACAGAACUCAUCUCGGAACACCUUUCUGCAGAAAUCAUACACCAAACUAAAGCUGCAAGUGAAUCAAGAUGGACGAAUUCCAGUGAAGAAUAUCCUAAAGAUGUUUGCAGCUGAUAAGAAAAGAGUGGAAACGGCGCUGGAAUCUUGUGGCUUGAACUUUAACAGGGGAGAUUCUAUUAAACCGGAGGAAUUUACUCUUGAUAUUUUUGAACGCUUCCUGAACAAGCUGUGCCUGCGUCCGGAUAUCGAUAAGAUCCUUUUAGAACUUGGAGCCAAAGGGAAGCCGUAUCUGACUCUAGAGCAACUAAUGGACUUUCUAAAUCAGAAACAAAGGGACCCCCGACUCAACGAGAUUCUUUUUCCUCCACUUAAAAGAGACCAAGUGCGGCAGCUUAUUGAGAAGUAUGAGCCCAACAGGCAGUUCCUGGAAAGAGACCAGAUGUCCAUGGAAGGUUUCAGCCGCUUCUUAGGUGGAGAUGAGAACAGCAUUGUUCCGCCAGAGAUCCUGGAUCUAAGUGAUGAUAUGAACCAGCCGCUCAGCAGCUACUUUAUUAACUCUUCCCAUAACACCUACCUCACAGCUGGCCAGCUAACUGGAAACUCAUCAGUGGAGACGUACAGGCAAGUGCUAUUAACUGGCUGCCGCUGUAUUGAGCUAGACUGCUGGAAGGGACGCCCCCAGGAUGAAGAACCGUUCAUAACCCAUGGAUUCACUAUGACCACUGAAAUUCCUUUUAAGGAAGUAAUUGAAGCAAUAGCAGAAAGUGCCUUUAAAACAUCACCUUUUCCUGUCAUUUUGUCAUUUGAAAAUCACGUUGACUCUUCAAAGCAGCAAGCAAAGAUGGCCGAGUACUGCAGGAACAUCUUUGGAGAUGCAUUGUUAAUAGAUCCAUUGGAGAAGUAUCCUCUCCAGGCUGGAGUUCAACUUCCUAGUCCCCAGGAACUAAUGGGUAAGAUCCUAGUGAAGAAUAAAAAAAGGCACAAAGUGGCAGCAAAAGGCCCAGAAGGCAGCGUAAAAAGAAGGGUCAGCGAACAGACCUCUAAUACUUACAGUGACUCAUCCAGUGUGUGCGAGUCUUCUGCUACAGGUAUCCUACCUUCUGAAUCAGCUGAUGUUACACUGACACUUUCCAAUGGGGAUGAAAAAGUAGAGGAGAAACCCCCUAGAUAUACAGAGCCACGGAAAUCAAUUGAUCAUGAUGCUUAUAGUGAGGAGGAAGAAGAAGAAGAGCCAUCGGAUCCCAAGAAAUCUGAUGAGGGUACAGCAAGCAGUGAGGUGAAUGCCACAGAGGAGAUGUCCACACUUGUAAAUUAUGUAGAACCUGUUAAGUUCAAGUCAUUUGAUGUGGCCAAAAAAAGAAAUAAGUAUUAUGAGAUGUCCUCAUUUGUUGAAACUAAGGCAUUGGAGCAGCUCACUAAAUCCCCAAUGGAAUUUGUGGAAUAUAACAAGAAGCAGCUCAGCCGCAUAUACCCAAAAGGAACUCGGGUAGAUUCCUCAAAUUACAUGCCCCAGCUCUUCUGGAAUGCAGGAUGUCAAAUGGUGGCUUUGAACUUUCAAACGUUGGAUCUUCCAAUGCAGCUGAAUGUGGGAAUUUUUGAGUAUAAUCGACGCAGUGGUUUCCUUCUAAAACCAGAAUUUAUGCGAAGGACAGACAAGCAUUUUGAUCCUUUUACUGAAAACAUUGUUGAUGGAAUUGUUGCAAAUACGGUUAAAAUCAAGAUUAUAUCAGGGCAGUUUCUAUCUGAAAAGCGAGUGGGCAUAUAUGUGGAGGUCGAUAUGUUUGGCCUGCCAGUUGACACUAAGAGGAAAUUUCGCACAAAAACUUCCCAAGGAAACUCAUUUAAUCCUGUCUGGGACGAAGAGCCUUUUAUUUUUCCUAAGGUUGUACUCCCCACACUUGCCUCUCUCCGUAUUGCUGUCUUUGAAGAAGGUGGAAAGUUUGUAGGUCACAGAAUACUGCCUGUCUCUGCUAUCCGACCAGGAUAUCAUUACAUUUGCCUAAGAAACGAGCUAAAUCAGCCUGUCUGUUUGCCAGCUCUGCUUGUUUACACUGAAGUCAAUGAUUAUAUUCCUGAUGACCACCAGGGCUAUGCCAAUGCCUUAACUAACCCUAUCAAGCACAUCAACCUCAUGGAUCAAAGGGCAAAGCAACUUAUAGCUCUGAUGGGAGAGAAUGAGCAACUAUUCAACAAAGACAAGUCUGAUUGGGAUCCAAAAUCAAAGCCCCAGAUAAGAUCCCCAGAUGAUACCCCAGAGAAGAAUAAGAUACCAAUUAUUCCUGUGCCUUCCCCACCAGCGCAACGAGAUGACCACAUAGCCAGUGUUCUGACAGACAUACAAGCCCCCUCUAUGGAAGAGCUCAAAUCCCAAAAGAGCUUUGAAAAGCUGAUCUGCCGCCAGUACAGAGAACUGCGUCAACUCCGUCGCAAGCACUUGCGCAAGGUGUCAUCUCUGUGCAAGGAGCAGAGCACUUGGGUGACACAGCUGCAGAGUAUCCGCAGGAGGAAGCCAUUUGGAAGAAGCCAUAGAGCAGUUUCUGGUGCAGAUCAGGAUGCUGAGCAAAAGUUUAUGGAUAUGCAGCUGGACCAACAGAAGCGACUUCUGGAACUGCGAGAAAUUCAACAUGAGCAGGAACGUAAACUAAAACACAGCCACUUACUGCAGGCUGUUCAGAAGCUCCAGGAAGUGGCCAUUUCCUGCCAUUCUACUCAACUCAAGAAGUUAAAGGAAAUCAAUGAAAAGGAGAAGAAAGAGCUACAGAAGAUCCUGGACAGAAAACGACAUAAUAGCAUCACAGAGGCCAAGUCACGGGAACGUCAGAAAAAGGACGUGGAACUGACAGAAAUUAAUAGACGUCACAUUAAUGAGUCCGUAAGCUCCAUACGAAGGCUGGAAGAGGCCCAGAAAAGGCGACAAGAGAAGCUGCAGGCGGCUCACCAGGAAACACUGCAAAGGAUAAAAGAUGAGGAGCCAAAGCUGCAGGCACAGUUAGAUGAGUCUUGCCAAGCUGAGUUCCGCCAGCUGCCCCAGGAGGUCCGACGUUACUUGCAGGAGGAUGGCUGGGUUGGCAGUGGUUCAGGUCCUCCCUCUUCUUCACACAGCAGCCCGCCCUCAAUAAGCCGGAGCUGGGGGUCGGAGUCUGGCGAAAAAGAUUCUCUUCAUUCCCCUGGAGACUCAAGUGAUGAAGCCACCAGGCUCUGACCCCCACAAUAAACAAAUGAACUUUUUUCCUUCCAGAUGCUAAUCUUGGAACCCAACAUUGACAAAACAUGUCUCUAGUGUACAGGGUACUGAUAAAAUAAGAUUUACCCAGGAUGCAGCUGUGUACAAGCGCACCCCAUAACCAGAGGGUCACAGGAGCCAGCUCUCCACACAAAUCCAGAUCUCUGCUCAGUACCCCCAAAUGUAAACCAUUCUGUGUAAUUUGUGUCAUCACAGAUGUGGGGAGAGGAAAGAGGACAUGGUACCUGAGUGUGAGUGAGUCAGCGAGUGAGUGAGUGAGUGGUGCAGAACACUAUGGGAGAAGAAGUGCUGAGUGGCCCAUGAACAGAAACUGUAGCUAAAAUAUAAACUGCUUCUAUAUUAAAGAGUAUUUUGCAACAUUGGCAAAUAUAUAUUUAUUUAAAGGGAUACUGUCAUCAGAGUAAAAGUGUUUACUUACACCAGAAAUCAAUGUUUAAUAUUUGUGUAAAAGUAGUGUAGUUUUUUGUUUUUUUUCUGUGAAGGGGGGGGGGUGUUACUGAUUUACUUCACUGCUGAAAAAUGUCUCGUCUGUGCUUUGUGGCAGUUUCUACUUCAGUUCAUAGCAGUGCUUUGUUGUUUGUUUAUGACAGGUGUUCUAAAUACACAACGAUGGGCAGAGCGUUCCUCUUACAAGGCAAAGAUAAGGACCAAUUAGCCUGUGUAUAAAAUGAUCCAACUACAGUGCUGCCCUUUGUCUGAUGCAGAUGUGAGUGGGAGAGUCUGAAACAUUUAACGUCUGGGGCACAUAAAUCCAUCAUAUCUAAUCCUGCAAUGCCAAAGAACGUCACAGCAUUAAUAAUGACUAUAGCAAAUGGGGAGAUUUGGCUGUCGCUGCCCUCUAGUGAAGGGUGCCUGUCACUGCUGCAAUCCAGUAAGAGCCUGUCAUUCCGUAGCAUCUGGAGUGAGAAGAGGUGGAGAGGGGCAUUUUGUCUGCCGCUGGUUCCAGCUGAGGGCAGUGUCCCUUUAACGUAGUCAGAAAUACAGUCCUGAGAUUCUGCUCUCAUGGAAUGUUCUUAGGAGGUGUCAGACUUUUUUAUGACAUUGUCAGUUGCAGACUGUGAAUACAAGCAGCCACUUGCCAUUUUAAUGAUGGCCAAUACAUUCCCCUAGGUGAUGGCAAGCAUGAUCACCACUUAAAGGGUGGGUACCUAUAGGUGUAAAGUGCACCUAUCGUCAGCCAGGUUUUUGUUUUUCCACUUGCUCCAUACAUAUUAAACCCAGGGUGCCGUUGGUGGAGGCAGCCCAUUUUUAUUGGCUCACCAACUAUAAGGUAUUUUAAUAUACAGCCAGAAUAAAAACAAAUAAAACACCAGCACUGAAAAUCCCCAUGGGGAGAGACUGUUCCAUCUACUCUCUUUUUAACUAAACAGAUAGCUGCCCCUGGCCUCCUAUUGCAAGGCUUAUUCUUCAGCACUUGUAACUACCGCUAAAAAAACAGUUUUAAUCACUUAUAGCACCAUAUAGAGUUGGCAGCAAAAGGUUUUAAAGAGAUAUCUGAAGGUCAUCUGACAUUUGUACAUCAUAUAAUGACCAUCUGUGUAUAUCCCCCAAUGUGGAGAGCUUUAUGUGUACUUUCACUUCAGCUUUAGUUUCCCUUUAUGUCGGUGAUUAAACAAGCAUCUCUAUUGCUUGCUCUUUGCCCAGAAACUCCAGUGCCCCCUGCUGGCAUCACUUUGGGCUUUAGUAAACGUAAGGCAAGUCGGCCUUAUAAUGGCUGGAGUGAGACAUUAUACAAUGAUUCCUAAUGGUUCCUAAUAUCUCUCUUCUUGAGGAAGGUUUGGUUCUUAGAGUAACAUAUGAAUUUGUAAUAUAUGAAAUGGAGAGUAGUUGCUGACCAGUGGGCCUCUCAUUGCUUGGUAUAACCCUCUCGUGUGUAUGACUGGCACUGUGAGUGUUUGUGCGUGUAGGAAUGGCUCGUGCGUGUCACUGUUACUUAUCCUAUUAUAUGAAUUUUUUAUUCACAUUUUAUUUCUUCAGUAAAAUGAUCAGAGAUCAAA